AUGGGGGUUAUCUUUCCCAUUGAGACCCAGGGCCAAAAGCAAGUGCUGGGUGUUGCAUUUACCUUUUCUUUCUUGGCUGUGAUAGCAGUGAGCUUACGUCUCAUCUCCCACAAGCUCGCGCGCAAAGAAUGGAUCGCUAGUGACUACUUUAUCAUUGCCGCUUGCAUAUUCGCAGUUGGUCUUCAAUCGAUCAGCAUCACAGGGGUAUUCCAAGCCGGCAUUGGAUAUGACCAUGUCACUACAAUCGCCGCCAAAUACGGAAUGGAGCCUAUUACCAAGCUCCUGAAACUGAUUAUCCCAUUACAGUUUCUCUGGGUUCUGAGUCUCAGCUGCACCAAGAUCUCGAUUCUGAGCCUGUACAUCCGCAUCUUUCCCAUCGCCUGGGUAAAAUGGGUUUCAUGGGCAACGAUGGGCGUCAUCAUCGCCUGGACGAUCGCAACAAUUCUCGCCGGGUGUUUGAUCUGUCGCCCAUUCGCAUUUAACUGGGACCAAACGAUCCCUGGCGGAUCUUGCGGGGACCAAGUGAGCUCCUUCACGGUAACUGGAGUCAUCAAUCUAGUCACCGAUAUCAUCGUACUGGUGACUCCGAUGCCGCGAUUGUAUAUGCUACAAAUGGCCACAUACAAAAAAGUGACUUUGAUCACUGUUUUUGGACUGGGAUUAGUCACAUGCAUUAUCAGCGCCUUUCGCAUUUCCGUUCUCUCUACAAUGAAUUUCAGCGAUAUCACAUACACUCUCCCCCGCGCCAAUAUCUUCAGCGGUAUAGAGCCCUGCCUUGCCGUGACACUUGCCUCGAUCCCGAUGAUGCGUCCCCUUCUUGGACGAUCAAAUUACACUCCCGAUAUCACUGCCCGUCGAACAAGUAAAGCCUCCAAUCCAACUGCGGGGUCCGACGACCACGAUGACAAUGGGUUCCGAGAACUGGAUGAUGACUCGAGUCAGUUGUCGCUGAGGCCUCUGGAAGGUUUGAAGCAUAAGGUUCGUGUCGCCGUACGGAACAGGGACAGGAGAAAUUCGGCAGAAGAUUCUGAACGUAAUAAUCAUGGUCAGAAGGAGAGUGGUGGAAUCUCGGUCAAACAGGAAUGGGCUGUGCAACAUGGGGCACGGAAAUAG